UCACACGUACAGAACUUUCACUUUGUGCUCUGCUCCGUAACACGUGUGCUACUGGUGUUUCGUGGUCUCAGUUCAGUACGAGUUACGACGCCGUAUAAGCAGCACAAAAAAGAUCUCGACUAGAACAGUCGGCACCGGCAAGUGAUUAAUAAGUAAUUAAAAGUAUUCGUGCGCCAAAGUAGAACAAAGCCAUCAUGGACCAGUUGAACAACAACAACGUCAUCAACAAGAAGCUGGACUUGACGCUGCCAGAACUCGAGGAAUUUUUCCGGGCCAACAUCAAUUCCGAGAAAAAUGAGUCGAGGGACUGUCAAUUCACGUCGUUGAUCGAGAUAAUGACCCUCAUGAACUACAAAGACAAGCCGGAAGUCGACCAAGAGGGUAAGCCGAUACUGCGGCGUACCACAGCGGUGCAUUUCGUGGCCAGGCGCGAUCUACCCCUGGAGAGCCCCAAGAUCCGGACCCUCUUUCGAGUGUACGACAGAUUCGAGGCGAAUUACGUCGACGAGACGGGCUUGAGCCACUUCCACGUGGCCUGCCGAUAUGGCUUCCACGACGUGGUCGAGCGAUUCAUCGAGGCCGGACAGAGUCCGGAUUUUCGACCGUUACAAACGAUAGACCCACCGCUGCACUUGGCUCUGCACCACGGCCACUGGAAGACGGCCGAAUUGCUCCUGAGUCGAGGUCACGCCGAUCCAACUGCGACAAGCAGAGACGGACUGACGGCCUUGCACGUGCUAAGUCAGAAUCCGGACUGCGAUACGGGCUUGGCGCAGACGUUGCUCCAGGGCGGCGUCGAAGUGCGAGUCGACGCUUGGGACAAGUUCGGCAACACACCGCUGCACCUGGCCCUGCACUGGGGCAACGCCAAGAUGGUCGAGCUGCUGUUGAGGCGCGGCUCCAAUCCGAACUUCGUCAACAACGCCGGGAUGGCUCCGCUGCACGUCGUCUCGAGGCGGGACCGCGACGGCCACCUGGUGGAGCUGUUCUUCGGCGUCGCGGACGAGAUGUAUCUGUCGGUGAAGGUCGACGUCCGGGACAAUAAAGGCAACACACCUCUGCACUACGCCCUGGAACGGGGACUCAAGAGGGUCGUCGAUCUGCUGCUGAGGCGGGGGGCCGACCCGAAUUUGGCCUGCGCCGACGGUGGCAAUUGCCUGCACAUCCUCUGCAGGCAAAAGUGCGACAGAGAGCUGAUCGAGGCGUUUUUCCGAGUCGUCAACGAGAGACUCCAGCUGAUGGAGGUCAACGCCCGGGACAAGCGCGGCGAUACCCCCCUGCACUUGGCUCUGCGACGCAACGACAAAACCAUGGCCGAGAUGCUGCUGAGGAGCGGCGCCGACUCGCUUCUGGCCAACAACGAGGGAGACACACCCCUGCUCAUGAUGAGUCGAAAUCUCGACGAGUACCGCGACCUGCUGGAUAUACUGAGUGGUCUCACAUUUAAUCAACCUGAAACGGUACAGGUCGAGGUCAUUGGCAGUUCGGCCCCGACGGUUACCUACUCCAUCGUCUGAGGAAUUCAUUCGUCUACGUAUUAUUUGAACAAAGAGAUACGCAAUGAAUGGCCGGUAAAAUUGUUCUUGAAAAUUUUAACAAGAUUCAUUUUGAUCAUUUUUUAUUGAUAAGCACAUACGAUCGUUUGUAAUAUCAGAUCUUAAAAUGUACACUCAUUCUUACGCCACCUUAUAUACGUUAUCGAACGUAAAUGUAAAAAAAAGUUAUGCUAUAGCCAAUUGUAAAUGUUUAAAUAAUGUAAGGAAAAAACGAUUAUUGAUAAU